AUGGACCUAUUGAAGUACUUGUUCGAAAAACCAGCACUAAUGGACAGGAUCGCAAAGUGGCAGCUACUGCUUUCAGAAUUUGACAUCACAUAUGUCACCCAGAAAGCAAUCAAGGGGCAAGCACUGGCCGAUCACUUAGCAGCACACUCUCUGUUGGCAUUCCAAUGCACUAACAACGUGGCUGAAUAUGAAGCGUGUAUCGCCGGUCAAAGAGAAGCCAUCAUCCUCAAUGUAAAAAAGUUACAGGUCUUUGGAGACUCACAACUCAUCAUCAAUCAGAUAAAUGGCAAUUGGGAGACCAAAGAUGAAAAUUUGAUCCCAUAUCACGUCUAUCGGGAGAAUUUAAUCGAAGACUUCAAGGAGAUCACAUUCUUUUACAUGCCCCGAGUCAAGAACCAAUUUGCGGAUGCUUUGGUUGCCCUCGCCUCAAUGUUAGAGAUCCCAAAAGGAGUUGCUGAAUGGGAACUCACUGUCGAACUCCAGGAGGAACCCGCAUUCUGCCUACAGAUCGAUGAAGGAGAACCUCCCUCAAAUGAUCUGCCAUGGUACAAAGUCAUCAAAGAAUACCUUGAACACCAGAAGUACCCGGAAGGAGCAACGCUAACCAAUCCUUGCAUUAUACAACGGUUAGCGGCACAAUUCGUGAUCACUGGGGGCAUCCUUUACAAGCGAUCCUUCAACCAAGUCCUUCUCCGCUGUACAGACUGCUGUAAGCACGUCAAGAAAUGCUUCAAGUGUCAGGAGCAUGCAAACCAGAUCCACACACCUGCUUCUGAACUCUACAACCUGACAACACCAUGGCCCUUUUCUGUAUGGGGACUGGACAUCAUCGGCAAGAUCAGCCCCAAAGCUUCAAAUGGGCACGAAUAUAUCCUGGUGGCAGUAGAUUACUUCACCAAGUGGAUAGAGGCAGCAUCCUGCACCACCAUUGCAGCAUCUCAUGUGGUUAAGUUUAUAAAGAACAACAUCAUUAGCCGUUAUGGGGUCCCUCAAGCCAUUAUUACUUACAACGGAACUCCGUUCGUCAAUAAAAGGAUGGGCGAUUUCCUCGACAAGCUCAAAAUUCAACGCCAUCUGUCAAGCCCCUACCAACACCAAAUGAACGGCAAGGUCGAAGUCGUAAACAAAACUAUCAUCUGCAUACUGGAGAAGAUAGUGAAGACAUAUCGUGAUUGGUCAGAAAUGCUUCCUUACGCACUCUGGGCCUAUCAGACGUAUGUACGGUCUGCUACAGGCGCAACUCCAUAUGAACUCAUAUAUGGAAUGGAAGCAGUACUACCAAUUGAAAUCGAAAUCCCAUCACUGCGGGUACUACUGGAAAGCGAAGUUGAGGAAAGCGAGGGCAACAAGCAAGUACUGUCACAAAGGGAGGAGCCCAAGACUCAAGAUCUAGAGCUGUUGCAUCCAAAGAGCCCUGCCAAGAAAUCCAAACUCGUCUAUACAAAGCCGUCAAAUCAGAAGGAAGAGGGGCAUACCCAAAUCCAGAAAAGGCAAAGUCUGGAAUAUCCUGUCAGAAGCCAAACUGCCGGAGGAAGCGCACAGGAUGGUAAGAGCAAUACCCCUGAAGUCCCAACAGCAGUAAAGGAGUACGAGCAACACUACAAAUCAGGAGAGAACGAUGGAGCUAGAGAGCCUCCCAACUAA